AUGUCAGCAGCCAGCCGUCGCCGAAAGAGCAUUAAUGCGCUGGCGUCCCCCACUCGCGUGUCGACACGUCGGACAGCACGAACGGUCAUCGACUUGGCGUGUGAUGAUGCAGAAGGCAGAGAAGGCAGUCUGGAAAGGGAAGAGAAGCAGGGUAACCGUGACAAUUGCGAGAAAAAUGGUCACCGUGAGAACGAGGGUAACGCGGAAAGGGACGCGGGAGGAACGGGGGAAGAGGAUGGAAGGGAAGGCAAACGCGGCUUGUCUAAGAGCGGGCGUGGGGACAAGAGGGGAAGAGGCAGAGCACGGGGGAGAGCCGGGAGGAGGGUGUUGGCAGGGAGGAAGGGAAAGGACAGUGAUGCUGACCGCGAUGAUCAGGUUGAUAGAGGCGACCUGGAGGAAGACCAGGGGAACCAGGUUGACCACGUUGACCUGAUUGACCAGAAGGGAAACCAGGGUGAUCAGGACGACCAGCGGGUUGACCUGAUUGACCAGGGCGACCGGAAUGAUCAGGGCGACGGGGGUGGUGACGGGGAAUCUGACAACUUGGAAGUUGCAGGGAUGCAGGGGAGUCGAAACGAGGACAGUUUGGUGGUAGAUGAUGACGUGGCACGGGGAGGUGAUGACGUGGCACCCUUGGAUCGUGUCCAGCCGACAGAAAGAACCUCGGAUGACGUGACAGCGUCACGGGUCAAAGAUUGGGCUGUGGGAACCUCGUACCGAUGUGCGCGUGGGAUAGAGCCUCCUUCCCACUGCAGAUUCGUGCUCGCUUUGGCGGCUCCUGGUGCUCCUCACAGCAAACCUGUAGAAAAACCUGGGAACCCUGACAAGAGAGUUGUAGGGACGUCUGAGCGUUCUGAAAAGAGAGCUCUGGGAACGACUGGGGACUCCGAGAAGAGAGUCUCCGGGUCGUCUGGGAGAUUAGGGAAGAUUCAGUCACGGAGGCGUGGCAGUGCAGCAGGCCUGGGUAAUGCAAGCCGCGAGGAGAGGGUUAGAAGCAGAAGUUUGACGGAAGCAGAAGAGAUGGGAGAGGAGGAAGAGGUGCGAGAGGAGGGAGAGAAGGGGGAGAAUGGGGAGAAGGGGGAGAAGGGAGGGGAGAAAGGGGGGGAGGAGGGGGAGAAGGAUGGGGAGGGAAAGGAAGGGGAGGAGGGAGAGGUUGGUGAAGGGGCGGAUGGUGAUGCGAGAGAAGAUGGGUGUAGCCUUAGUGAAGAUUCUUGUAAGGAGGAUGGGGAUGAGGUGGAGGCGAAAGGUGGCUGCAGGCUUGGUGAAGAUGCUUGUAUGGAGGAUGGACGGGAAAGGGACCGGGGGGAGGAGAACGAGGUGGAGAGGGGCCGAGGUGGAAAGGAGGGGGGUGGAAAGAAGGGUACUGAGAAAGAGGGUGGUGGGAAGGAGGGUGGUGGUGCUUUGGGCGGUGGGGGCAAUUGCAGUGCGGUUGCUGGUGCUGCUGCAGCAGGAGGGGGAGAUGGGGAGGGGGGGGGUGUAAAGGUGGGAGAGACCGGGGGAGAUGGGAAGGGGAAGGAGGAUGAGCAGAGGGGAGAUGAGGAGGCAGAUGAUCAGGGAGGGGCUGUUGCGAUUGUCACAACGCGUGCAACGUCGCAACACACUGCAACAACAGUGCCACACACGAUCACUGCAACAACGCCGCGUCGCAAUCGCAACAUCACUGCAACAGUGCCACACACUGCACCUGCGGUGCCUGAGGCAGGAACCAGCACCCAGCAGCACCGUGCGCUUAUCGAGUCCGCUGGUAACGAGAAUGCUCUUAUCGAUCCGUCAAGUAGCCAACAGCAGGGCGCAAUUACGGUGGCAUCAUCCCCCGAGGGCCAGUGUGCUGCUGCUGCCACCCCACACCCGUGCUCCAGCCUCCCGUUUGUCUUCACCAGGGACCGAUGCCAACAGUGGUUGGACCGGGUUGAAGGGCGGGCGUUCACAUAUCCCUCCAGUGUGGUAUGGUAUGGUGUCAACCUCUCUCUUCCCACCGCACCGCCCACCAUCAUGCCCCUCCCACCAUCUCUUCGUGCAUGCGUGUGCAGGCAGCAGCUGGGUGCAGUGGAGGUGAAGGCAGCGGACUUGCAGCGGCAGGGGGCAACAGAAUGGAGUGAAGUGAAGUCAGACCGAUUCUUCCCUCCUUCCCCCCCUUGCUCACUUCCUUCUAAACGACCUCCCCGUACGUCCAAGCAGGCAGCAGCUGGGUGCAGUGGAGGUGAAGGCGGCGGACUUGCAGCGGCAAGGGGCAACGGAAUGAAGCAGCAGCUGGGCGCAGUGGAGGUGAAGGCAGCGGACUUGCAGCGGUUGCUGCCAGGGGAGUGUUUGAACGACACGGUCAUCGACUUUUAUGUCAAGUUCAUUGAACAGACGAUGCUCCAGGAGCCACAGCGGUCGCGGUUCCACUUCUUCAGUACCUUCUUCUCUACCUCGCUCGUUCGCGCCCAGGAACGAUUCAAGCUGACUCAGGACCCGCAUGAGCUCAUGCGGCUGACAAGGUGGACAAGAGGCACGGACAUUUUCUCCAAGGACUUCAUCGUCAUCCCCUUCCACGAGGAGUUUCGCGGCCAUUGGAGCCUGGCCAUCAUAUGCUUUCUCAGCAACGAUGUGAAGAAGAACCCCGACUCUACUACACCCAUGCCCAUACGCCCUCUCCCGCCUUGUCCCCCAACCCCCACACAUGUGUGUGCAGGUUUCGCGGCCAUUGGAGCCUGGCAAUCAUAUGCUUUCUCAGCAACGAUGGGGGGUAUCGGGGGCAAUGGGGGCGUGGGGAGGGGGAGGGGGAAGGUGGGCGCUUUCCAGAAGAUCCCGAAAGGAAGGAGGGCGAAUUUGAAAAGAAGCAGGGCGGAUAUGAAAGGAAAGGGGUUGAGUGUGCAAGGGAGGGGGUGGCUUGGCCAAAGCAGGGAAGUGCGAGCACUGUUGGAUGGUGGGAGAAGAAGUGUGGGAAGCGAGAGAGGUGCUGACGUGGCAGAGGAGGGUCAGGAGGGCGGUAGGAAGGGCGAUGGGAAGGGGAGAGGCAGCAGUGCUGGUAGAGAUGGUGCUAAUAGUCCUGGUCAGAGGGUGUUGGAUCUGCAGGGUGGUGAUAUUCCCAGUCCCAGCAUAACUCUUGAGUCGACUCAGAAGUUUGCUGGUAAUAGUCCCGGUGGUGUGAGGGUGUUGAAUCAGGAUGGUGCUAAUAGUCCCGGUCAGAGGGUGCUGAAUGAGCAGGGUGGUGAUAUCCCCAGUCCCAGUCCCAAGGUGCGCGGUGGCAGGUCGCAUGUGAAGCGAAGGCGGCUUGAUGCGUUUGAUGGGGGUGCGAUGCAUGAUGGGUCUGGGGAUAGCGCAAUGGGGUUGGGCGGCACGGGCGGCACGGGUGUUGGCAUGGCGUGGGGGGUGAGGAAGCAGGUGCAAUCGCGCAGCAGGGUGAGGGGUAAGGCGAGAGAAGAAGCGGGAAGGGAGGGUGAGGAGGUGAAGGAGAAGGAGAAUGAGCAGGAGGAGAAGAAGCAGGAGGAGGAGAAGGUGGAGAAGGAGGAGAAGGAGAAGAAUGAGAAGAAGGAGAAGGAGGAGAAGGAGGAGAAGGAGGAGAAGGAGGAGAAGGAGGAGAAGGAGGAGAAGGAGAAGGAGAAGGAGGAGAAGGAGGAGAAGGAGGAGAAGGAGAAGGAGAAGGAGGAGGAGGAGGAGAAGGAGGAGAAGGAGAAGGAGGAGGAGGAGGAGAAGGAGAAGGAGAAGGAGAAGGAGGAGGAGGAGGAGAAGGAGGAGGGGAUUGGUGGUGGUGCAAAGGGGGUGAUAGACGUUGGUGGGAGCAGUGAAAUGGAAAGGCGUGGAGGGGCAGAUAGUGUGACAGGCGGGGAGGGUGGAGGAGAGGGGGCCGGGGAUGUGGGAGAGAGGUGUGCAGGGGGGUUUAGUGUGGCUGGGGGAGGAUGUGCAGGGGUGGGGGUAGGGAAGGCUGGAAGGGAGGAGGAAGGGAAGGAGGAAGUGAAGGAGGAAGGGAAGGAGGAGGAGAAGGAGGAGGGGAAGGAGGAAGGGAAGGAGGAGGGGAAGGAGGAGGGGAAGGAGGAGGGGAAGGAGGAGGGGAAGGAGGAAGGGAAGGAGGAAGGGAAGGAGGAGGGGAAGGAGGAGGGGAAGGAGGAGGGGAAGGAGGAGGGGAAGGAGGAGGGGAAGGAGGAGGGGAAGGAGGAGGGGAAGGAGGAGGGGAAGGAGGAGGGGAAGGAGGAGGGGAAGGAGGAGGGGAAGGAGGAGGGGAAGGAGGAAGGGAAGGAGGAAGGGUUGCAGGAGCAUGGGAAGAAAGAGGCAAGAAAGGGUUUGGAGAGGCAAGUUGAAGGCGGCAAAGCUGGGGAGGAGAGGGGAGUGGAAGGAGGGGAGGGUGGUGGGGAGGAGGAUGGGGCUAAAGAUGAAGCGAGAGAGGAGAGGAUCGCUGGAGAGAAGGGAAGUGUAGGAGAGAAGGGAGGUGCAGGAAAGGAGGAAGCUGUAGGAGAGGAGAGAGAAGGGGAGCGAGGUGGGGAACGAAAGGAAAUGGCGGAAGGGGGGCCAGGGAAGAAAGGGGUGAAAGAAGAGGGAGGGAUGAAAGAAGAGGGACGGAUGAGUGGGGGGGAGGAGGAUGGAAUGGUUGUUGGAGAGGUAAGAAGUUCCGUUGGGAAAGGUCAAGGACAGGGAGUUGUGGGUGUAGAGGAGGGGGGAGAGGAGGGAGGAGAGGAGGGGAGGGGGGAGGGCGGAGAGGAGGGAGGAGAGGGGGGGGGAAUGGAAAGGGGAGAGAAGGAGGAAUUGGGGGGGAGAGAGGAGGGGGUAUUGGAAGGAAGAGGAGAGGCGAAUGAGGAGGGGAGAGAGGAAAGGAGAGAGGAGGAGAGAGAGGAGGGACGAGAGGAGGGGAGGGAGGAGGGGCUAGAGGAAAGGAGUGAGGGGAAAGAUGAUAAAGAGGAAAAGAAAUCCGAUAAGAUGGAGGGGAAAGAGGAAGGUCGAAAGGAGGAGAAAGUGGGGGCAAAAGAGGAGGGGAACGAGGAUGUGAAAGCGGAGAGGGAAGAGGAGAGGAAAGAGGAAGGUGGAGAGGAAGAGAAAGUGGGGGAGAAGGAGGAGGGAAAUGAGGAGAUGAAAGAGGUGAGGGUAGAGGAGAGAAAAGAGGAGAGGAAAGAGGAGAUGAAAGAGGAAAGGAAAGAGGAGAUGAAAGAGGAAAGGGAAGGGGAGAGGAAAGAGGAAGGUGGAGAGGAAGAGAAAGUGGGGGAGAAGGAGGAGGGGAAUGAGAAGAUGAAAGAGGUGAUGGUAGAGGAGAGAAAAGAGGAGAGGAAAGGGGAGAGGAAAGAGGAGAUGAAAGAGGAGAGGAAAGAGGAAGGUGGAGAGGAAGAGAAAGUGGGGGAGAAAGAGGAGGGGAAAGAGGAGGGGAAAGAGGAGAGGAAAAAGGAGAGAAAAGAGGUGAGGGAAGAGGAGAGGAAAGGGGAGAUGAAAGAGGAGAGGAAAGAGGAGAGGGAAGAGGAGAGGAAAGAGGAGAGGAAAGAGAAGGAAGAGGAGGAGAUGAAAGAGGAGAGGGAAGUGGAGAGGAUAGAGGAGAGGAAAGAGGAGAGGGAAGAGGAGAGGAAAGAGGAGAGGGAAGAGGAGGUGAAAGAGGGGAGGAAAAAGGAGGGCAAAGAGGAGAGCAAAGAGGAGGGGAGAGCGGAGAGCAAAGAGGAGAGGAGAGAGGAGAGUGGGGUCGAAGAGGGGCCAGUCUUGGCUGGAAAACUGGUUAAUCAUGGAGGGGCGGCUGCCGUGAGCAAGGCAGGUGCACACACUGUUGAGAUCGCCCGUGAGGGCACCAAGGAGGGGACUCGUGAGGGCAGUCGCGAAAUGACUCGUGAGGGAGUUGGUGCUGCUUCUGUUGCUGAGGUGAUUCGGGAGAAAUGUGAAGUGGGGCACGACAGUGAGGGCGGAAAGUCGGUGGUGUUUGAGUCGAGCCCAGAGGUGUGUAGAGAGGUGGGGAGUGGUGCGAAUGGUAGUGGUCCAGGGGAGAUAAGGGAAGGGGAGAUGGGGGAUGGGAAAGAUGGGAAGGGUGGGCAAGAAGGGGGGGGGAUUGAGGAGGGAGUGGAUAGGGAAGGGGAACAAGACGGAAGGUCUGGGAAAGAGAGAGGAGGCGUGGAGGGGCAGGUUGAACUGGGGGAGGCGGUAUCUGAUAGUAGCGAGAGUCUUGGGGCUGCUUAUAUGGGGUAUGGGGAGGGAGAUGAGGGGACGUGUGAGGGGGAAAAGGCAGAGAAGGAGACAGAGGAAGCUGGAAUAGUCGGUGAUGUGAUUCAAGGGGAAGAGAAGGUAGAUGAGGGGGGAAAGGAGGUAGGGGAGGGAGAGGAAGGGGGGGUGGAGUGGGAGGAAGGGGAGGAGGGAGACGAGAGAGAGGAAGAGGGGGAGGAGGGAGAGGAGGGGGAGGAAGGAGAGGAAGGAGAUGAGGAGGGAGAGGAGGGAGAGGAAGGAGAGGAAGGAGAGGAGAUAGAGGAGGGAGAGGAGGGAGAGCUAGGGGAGGAGGGAGAGGAGGGAUCAGAGGAGGAGGGAGAAGAGGAGGGAGAGGGAAAUGGAGGGGAAGAGAUAGAAGAUAUCCAGGCGGAUGGGGGGGAGGAAGGGGAGGAGGAAGGCGAGGAGGAAAACGAGGAGGAAAAUCCGGAGAAGGAGGCUGAAGUGGAUGGGUCGGGUGGUGGGCAAGUGAAGUGGAGUAUGGAGGAGGGGGAAGAGGAGGAGGAGGAUGAGGAGGGGGGGGCAGGGGGUUCCGGUGAAGAGGGGUUGGAGCUGGUGACGGGCCCGAAUGGUGCCCGAGAGGCCACCAUUCUGUACCUUGACUCGCUGCCAGACAGCUCCAAGUCACAUGCCAUAUACAGCGCGCUCAAGUUCUAUCUGCAGGCUGAGUGGAUGAAGAGGAGCAAGGAGCCGUUGGAUCCCAAGAAGCCGCUGCAAUCUGGGCCGUUCAGCAAAGUGCGGGGGAAGAAAGUCAAGUUGAGCAACGACUGGUUUGAGGCGUGUGAAGCAUCCUCGCUGCGCCGGCGCCUGUUCUCCAUCGUGGCAGGAAUGCUGCUGCCCCAACAUCCCCCGCCGCAACCGGUCUCACCCCCCUCCCAACCCCUCCCAACUCCUUCUCAACCCAUCUCACCACCUUCUCAACCAAUCUCCUUUCCGUCACCUGCCUCGCUGGCCCUGCCCAUUGCGCCACCUCCUCCAGCCUCCCCUCCCUCUGCUGCUCUUCCACCUAACGCUGAGGGUGGGAUUCGAGCCAAGGCUGAGGCCGAGGCUAGAACCGAGGCUGAGGCUGAGGCUGGGGCCAAGCUUGGCGCCAAGGCUGGGGCCGAGGUUCGGGCCGAGCCUGGGGCUGGGGCUGGAGGUGCCGGUGGUGCAGUGGGACUGGAUGCUGUGAGCAGAGGGGAUGGUGGUGCUCGCAUGGCAGGCAGUCUGGGCCAAGAUGACACCCGAGGCGAUACGCAAGACGACACCCAAGGCGACACUCAAGGUGACACCCAAGGUGGCAGCAGAGGGGGUGGUGAAUCGCUGGUUGUGUUUGGUAAGGAGCCGUGGUCUGCCUGGCCCUGGCCAGCAGCGGAGCUAUCGACUCUCCAUGGCACUCACCCUCUGUUGCUCUGGCCUGCCACCGUUGUGGAUUCUGAUGGGCCUGAUAGUGCUAUUGCUGCUGCUGCUGCUGCUGCUGCUGCUGCUGCUGCUGAUGGUCGUUCUUAUGAUGGCUGUGUCUUGGGGGUGUCGUCGGGUGCGCAAGAAAGGGCAUUGGAGGAUGGUGCUGGGUUAGUAGCGCCUGUGCUGGUUGCUAUCGUUUGGCAGGAUGAGACGAGUCAGAACCCUCCACAUGAGACGAGUGCUGGUGGGAAAAUUGUGGCACAACCAGGUGUCGAGAGGGGUGCUGAUGGGUUAGCAGGAGAUGCAGUACAGAGGAAGGAGAGAGAUGGAGUGGGGGAGAUUGAGAGAGAGGAUGGGGAGGGGGAAGAGGAAGAAGUGGGAAAGGAGGGAGAGGGAGAAGGGCCAGUGAGGGAAAGAGCACGAGGGGGGACGAAGCGGAAGCGAGUGAAACGCCGAGCCGGGUGGAGUGGGAGAAAGAGGGUCCGAAAGGGGGUGAAAGGGCCAGAUGGGGAGGGGAAGAGGAAGCAAGCGGAAGGGGAGGAGAGGAGAGAGGAGAGGAGGACAGAGGGGGAGGGGGAGGAGAGGAGAAGAGAAGCGGAGGGGGAGGAAAGAAGGAGAAAGGAGGAGAGGGGGAUGCAUGUGCGUGUGGUAGGAGGUUUGGGAGAAGGAGAGGUGGGAGGGGUGGAAGGAGAGCGAAGGGAGAGGGGCAGGAAUGGGAGGGUAAGAUGGGCCCUAAUAAGGCUUGCAGCUUCGAAAGAGGUGAUUCGAAUGGGGGGGGCAGAAGAUGUGGAGGAAGGAGAGGUGAAGGUUGGUGGGAUGGGGGACGAGGUUGAGGAGGGGCUGGGAGGGUCAGGCAGAGAGGGUGAGGAGGGGCAUGGAGUGAAUGUGGUGGGAGGUGUGGAGGGAGGUGUGGAGAGAGGUGUGGAGGGAGGAGCAGGGGUGGCGAGAGGCAUUACAGCAGAGGAGAUGGAGGCAGCAGCAGGUGCUGCAGUGGCAGCGGCAGCGGCGGCAGCAGCGGUAGCUUCCAUGGGAGAGUUUGUGAGGCAAGCACGCGCUGCUGCCGCCGCUGCUGCUGCUCCUGCUGCUGCUUCGACUGCUGCUGCCGCUCCUUCUGCUGCUGCUGCUGUUGCUCCUGCUGCUGUGAAGGAGGAGAAUCAGCAGGAAGAGAAAGCAGCAGCAGAAGCCAGAGGGGCAGGGAUACUACCACGGACGGUCAUGGAAACCACUCUUCAUGAAUCCGAAACUGGGACGUUUCCGGAGCUCGAAUCAGGCUCGGUGCCGGAGCAGCUGCUCAGCUUCGGCUCAGGCGAACCUGAGUUGGACCAGCUGGUCAAAUUUGGGUUCUCGAGAGCACCACAGGGGCAGGGGCAGCGGCGGCGGCUGGCAGGGUUUGCUGAGCUGCUGAAGUGGAAUGGAGGGAGCGGUGGUGCUGAGGCGAUGGAGGAAGUCGGAGCGGUUCAGUGCGGUGCGGAGGAGGGGGUGUGGCGGCAGUGGGUUGAGAGGUGGAGGGAGGGGAGAGGGGAUGGGAGCAGCAAAGCGGGGGAAGGGAUGGUUGGGACGAGGGUGGGAGGAGAAGGGGUGGGAGGAGAUGGGGUGGAAGGAGUAGAGGCAGGAGGAGUAAAGGCAGGAGGAGUAGAGACAGCGGGAGAAGACGGAAAAGUUGAUUGGGGUGAAUCUGAAAAUGUUGAUAGGGGAGAAUCUGAAAAAGUUGAUAGGCUGACAGCAAGGGACGGGGAGGGGGCAGUCAUAAACAAGGGCGGGGAGGAGAUGGAACAAAAGGAGGAGGUGGAGGAUACAAAGAAAGACGAGGGAGGUUCUAUGGAGGGAGAUGGAAAGUCUCCUGGCUGGAAAAGGGAGGCUGAAAUCAAUCCUGUGAAGGAGGAAGGCUGUGAAGGCCUGCUUGAGGGUGGGCGCGGGGAUGGGGAUGGGGAUGGGGAUGGGCGCGGGCAUAUGAUUGGAUACGAGAUUGGGUAUGGUAUUGGGCAUGAGAUUGGGUAUGAGAUAGGGUAUGGGAUAGGGCAUGACGUGAGGAGUUUGGAUCAGGGGGAGGGGACGGAUGAGGUGGAGAAGAGCGGGGAAGAGGUGGAAAGGAGGGGGGAAGAGGUGGAGAAGAGCGGGGAAGAGGUGGAAAGGAGGGGGGAAGAGGUGGAGAAGAGCGGGGAAGAGGUGGAAAGGAGGGGGGAAGAGGUGGAGAAGAGCGGGGAAGAGGUGGAAAGGAGGGGGGAAGAGGUGGAGAAGAGCAGGGAAGAGGUGGAAAGGAGGGGGGAAGAGGUGGAGAAGAGCGGGGAAGAGGUGGAAAGGAGGGGGGAAGAGUUGGAGAAGAGGGGGGAAGAGGUGGAGAGAAGGGGAGUGAGCGGGAUGGAUUGCCAGCCUUCGCAUGGGCGUGAGAUGGAGGGGAGGGAGAGCGGAGAGGUGGGGAAACAAGAAGAGGAGGGAAGACUAGAUGAGGGGGGAAAGGCAGAAGAGGGUAGGAGGAAUCAAGAAGAACAAGGGAAGCAAGAAGCGGAGAGCAGGGGAGGUGGGGAGAGAAGGGUGGAUCAACUUGAGGGUGAGGGAGAGAUGGAUGAGGGAGGAGAGGCAAGGGAAGAGGAGAAGGAUGAGGGAGGAGAGGCAAGGGAAGAGGAGAAGGAUGAGGGAGGAGAGACAAGGGAAGAGGAGAAGGAUGAGGGAGGAGAGGCAAGGGAAGAGGAGAAGGAUGAGGGAGGAGAGGCAAGGGAAGAGGAGAAGGAUGAGGGAGGAGAGGCAAGGGAAGAGGAGAAGGAUGAGGGAGGAGAGGCAAGGGAAGAGGAGAAGGAUGAGGGAGGAGAGGCAAGGGAAGAGGAGAAGGAUGAGGGAGGAGAGGCAAGGGAAGAGGAGAAGGAUGAGGGAGGAGAGGCAAGGGAAGAGGAGAAGGAUGAGGGAGGAGAGGCAAGGGAAGAGGAGAAGGAUGAGGGAGGAGAGGCAAGGGAAGAGGAGAAGGAUGAGGGAGGAGAGGCAAGGGAAGAGGAGAAGGAUGAGGGAGGAGAGGCAAGGGAAGAGGAGAAGGAUGAGGGAGGAGAGGCAAUGGGGGAGGAGAUGAAUGAGGGCGAAGAGGGAAGGGAAGAGGAGAAGGAUGAGAGAGGAGAGGCAAGGGAAAGGGAGAAGGAUGGGGGAGGAGAGGCAAGGGAAGAGGAGAAGGAUGAGAGAGGAGAGGCAAGGGAAAGGGAGAAGGAUGGGGGAGGAGAGGCAAGGGAAGAGGAGAUGGAUGAGAGAGGAGAGGCAAGGGAAGAGGAAAAGGAUGAGAUAGGAGAAGCGAUGGACAAUGAAAGGAGAGCUGCAGCUGGUAACAGGAAAUGGGCGAGUGAGGCGAACGGGAUUAAUGAAGAGGGUGAGGAUGGAAAGGAGGUGAAUGAAGGGGAUGAGGAGGGCAAGGGGGUGAAUGAAGAGGGUGAGGAGGGAAAGGAGGUGAAUGAAGGGGAUGAGGAGAAAAAGGAGGUGAAUAUAGAGGGUGAGGAGGUGAAUGGAGGGGGUGAGGAAGGCAAGAUUGAGAAUGAAGGGGGUGAGGAGGCGAAAGAACUGAACAUGGUGGAUAUAACGGGUGAGGAGGAGGAUGGAGGAGAGGAAAGGAGAGCUGCAGCUGGUAACAGGGAAUGGGCGAGUGAGGCGAACGAGAUUAAUGAAGAGGGUGAGGAGGUGAAUGACGGGGGUGAGGAGGCGAACGAGAUUAACAUGGUGGAUAUAACGAGUGAGGAGGAGGAUGGAGGAGAGGAACAGGGAGGUAAAGGUGGUGCUGGUAGUGGGAGAAGAAUAGACGGGGAAGGGAGAGAGGUUGAGUGGGGAGCAGCAUUGGAGAAGGAAGAAGGUGAGCAGGGAGAAGGAGAGGGCAUGCAUAUGGUGGGUGAACCAGAGGGGGAAGCAGUGGGAGAAGCAGUGGAGGAAGCAGUGGAGGAAGCAGCGGAGGAAGCAGUGGAGGAAGCAGCGGAGGAAGCAGUGGAGGAAGCAGUGGGGGAAGCAGUGGGGGAAGCAGAGGGGGAAGCAGUGGGGGAAGCAGUGGAGGAAGCAGCGGAGGAAGCAGUGGAGGAAGCAGCGGAGGAAGCAGCGGAGGAAGCAGUGGGGGAAGCAGUGGGGGAAGCAGAGGGGGAAGCAGUGGGGGAAGCAGUGGAGGAAGCAGUGGGGGAAGCAGUGGGGGAAUCAGUGGAGGAAGCAGUGGAGGAAGCAGAGGAGGAAGCAGCGGAGGAAGCAGUGGAGGAAGCAGCGGAGGAAGCAGCGGAGGAAGCAGCGGAGGAAGCAGCGGAGGAAGCAGCAGAGGAAGCAGUGGAGGAAGCAGUGGAGGAAGCAGUGGAGGAAGCAGUGGGGGAAGCAGUGGAGGAAGCAGUGGGGGAAGCAGUGGAGGAAGCAGCGGAGGAAGCAGCGGAGGAAGCAGCGGAGGAAGCAGCGGAGGAAGCAGCGGAGGAAGCAGCGGAGGAAGCAGCGGAGGAAGCAGCGGAGGAAGCAGCGGAGGAAGCAGCGGAGGAAGCAGCGGAGGAAGCAGCGGAGGAAGCAGUGGGGGAAGCAACGGAGGAAGCAGUGGAGGAAGCAGCGGGGGAAGCAGUGGAGGAAGCAGUGGAGGAAGCAGUGGAGGAAGCAGUGGAGGAAGCAGUGGAGGAGGAAGCAGUGGGGGAAGCAGUGGAGGAAGCAGUGGAGGAAGCAGUGGGAAGGAAGAGAAGGCGGCUUGAUCAGAGUGUUGCUAUUAGUUCAGGGUUUAGGGUGAGAGAUAAUAGUUCUGAUAGUACCGGCUCACAAAUCAAACCUGGCGCUGCUGUUUGUGGUUCGGAAACUAGUCCUGGUGACCAUCCACGUCAUGACGGUAGGCUUGGUAGGAAUAGGCUCGGUGAGAAUAGGCUCGGUGAGGAUAGAGCCGGCAGCAGCAGCCUCGGUGUUACCAGCAGCAGGCCUGUGCGAAAGGCUAGCCUCGGCAGGUUCGGGUUCGGCCGAACCAGACUGGAAGAGGGGCUCAGGUUCGGCGAGGAAAUGUCGCCGGUGCUGGUGCUUCACAGGCUCGAUAGCCAUCCCAAGGCUCCCCGAAGCAAACGGCCUCGGAAGUCCAGGUUCGGAAAAGAACCGCAACUAACCUGUGAGGAGUCAGGUUCGGUGAGGAGGUCCGGCAGAGGUUCGGGGGGUCGCAAGAGAAAGCGGAAGAAUAGUGCUGGAGAAAGCACCACAGGCAAUCGUGGAAAAGCUAUGGCUGACAGUAAGGGAGGGGCUUAUAACGAGACUGAAUCAGGAAGAGGGAUGGGUGAAGGAGUUCUGGCACAGGCGGCAGGGAGAGAGGAAGGGGGUGAAGGGGCAAGCGCAGGAGGGGGAAGAGGUGGAGGGAUGGCAACAAUGACAGGAGGUGGUGUUCAUACAGCAUGUGUCAGGGACCCUCUUGCUUCCAGUCUGCCUGCUGCCUCGGCCUUUCCACACCGCUCUCCCCUUCCGCUGCCCUUGUUGGUCCCUCCUUCCCGCCCGCUGCCCCUGUCUGCCUCUUCUCCCCGUCCUCAACUCUUGGUGCUUCCGUCACUCGUUCCUCUGCCGCCGCCUCGUCGUCUUCCCCGCCCCACUGCUUCUGCUGCUGUUGCUCCUGCUCCUCCUCCUGCUGCUGCUGCUGCUGCUGCGUCUAUAGAUGUUGUUUCUACUCCUAUAGAUGUUACUGCUACUCCUGCCACUCCUCCUCCUGCUGCUGCUGCUGCUCCGGCUCUUGCUCCUGCUGCUGCUCCCGCUGAUUCUACAGAUGUUGCUACUCCUGCCUCUCCUUUACCACACUCCCCUCCAUCCCUCCACUCCCCUCCAACCUCCCACCCUCCUCCAUCCCCCCACCCUUCCCCAUCUCCCCAUCGCUCUCCAUCCUCCCACCCUCCUACGUCACCAACUCCUAUUGCCCCUAGCUCUCCUCCUCCUCCUGCUCCCCCUCCUCCUCUGCCCAUUCCAUCAACUGCUCCUCCAGAGGAAAGUCACAGUGUGAUUGAAGAAGGGGUGGCAGCAGUGAUGUUCGAAGCUGUCCCCUCUACCCCACCUCCACCUCCUGUUGCUUCUGCUCCUGCUGCUCCUGCUCCUCGGCCCACUCCAUCAGCUGCUUCUCCAGAGGAAAGUCACGGUGUGAUUGAAGAAGGGGUGACAGCAGUGAAGGGCGAGCCAUCUGCCCCUUCUGCCCCUCGCUCCCCUCCCCCUCCCCUUCCUGCUCCUCUGCCCACUCCAUCAACCACUGCUCCAAAGGAGGAAAGUCACGGUGUGAUUGAACAAGGGGUGACAGCAGUGACGGCCGAACCUACCCCUCCCUUACCUCCUCCUCCUGCUGCUGCUGCUGCUGCUGCUGGUUCUGCUCCGUCCAUGCUCACUCCAUCAGCUGCUUCUCCAGACGAAAGUCACAGUGUGAGUGAAGGGGUGACAGCAGUGAAGGUCGAAGCUGCCCCCUCUACCCCUCACUCUCCCCCUCCUCCACCUCCUGCUGGUUCUGCUGCUGCUGCUGGUUCUGCUCCGUCCAUGCCCACAUUAUCAGCUGCUUCUCCAGAGGAAAGUCAUGCCGUGAUUGAAGAAGGGGUGACAGAAGUGAAGGUCGAGCCACCUGCUGUGACUGCGAACUCUGAACCUGAACCCGCCGAUGUGACUGUACAGGAGGAGAAGGACGAGCCUACCAUUGUGACUGUAAGGGAUGAGAUGGACGAGCCUGCUGCUGUGACUGUAAGGGAUGAGAUGGACGAGCCUGCUGCUGUGAUUAAAGCCCUUGAACCCUCUGGUGUCACUGUAAAGAAUGAGAAUGCCGAGCCUGACACUGUGACUGUAAGAACUGAGAAGGACAAACCUGCUGCUGUGACUGUAAAGGAUGAGAAGGACGAGCCUGCCGCUGUGACUGCAGACCGUGACCCCUCCAUUGUGACUGUAGAGGGUGAGAAGGACGAGCCACCCGUUGUGACUGCAGGCCUUGAAGCGGCCACUGUGACUGUAAGGGAUGAGACAGGUGGGCUGGCUGCUGUGACUAAUGAGAAGGAUGAGAUGGAUGAGAAGGAUGAGCCACCUCCUGUGACUGUAACUGAUGAGUCACCUGCUGUGACUGUAGAGGGUGGAAAGGACGAGCCACACGCUGUGACUGUAGAGGGUGGAAAGGACGAGCCACACGCUGUGACUGCAGCCCUUGAAACCGCCGCUGUGACAAUAAGGGAUGAGACCAAGGAGACGGAUGAAAAGGACGAGACUAAUGAGAAGGAUGAGCUACCUGCUGUGAUUGUGAAGGACGAGCCACCUGCGGUGUCUCUAAUGGGUGAAUCCGCCCCUACUAUUGUGAAGGACGGAGUUGUUGACACGGAUAACACAGCUCCACUACCUGCCGCACGUUGCCGGCCGCUUGCUGGGCGGCGCACGGUGGGCCAUGGGCUCAUAAUCAGAUCGGGCGGCUCAGCAACCCAGAAGGAGCAUUGCAACAGUCUAACCACCGUGCAACCGGGUGGCUCUCUGGGGCCCAUGCCCACCCUUGGAGUUCACUCACCUGCCGAACCUUCCAGGCUACCUGGGCUUUCCGUUAAGGCACUGGAGGUUCGGAAGGAUGUGGAUCGGAAGGACGAGGAUCGGAAGGAUGAGGCUCGGAAGGACGAGGGUCGGAAGGAUGACUCACCUGGGCCUUAUGAUGCCGUGCGGCAGCAGCAGACUGCAUCCCCUGUGCUGCUGGCUGCUACCAGGGAUGCACAAGACCCUGGUGUUUCACCUGAGUCUUUGUUGCAACCUGGUGAUUCACCUGAGGAUCAGAUGCGACCUGAAGAGCAGCCAGGCCGUCAGGAAAUUACAGCAGAGGCAGCAGCUGAGGGAAGGACUGAUGGCGUGGCAGAAGGGGGUCCUGCCACAUCAGCAGCACCUGAUUCGAUCACACCUGCCACGUCAGCCGAGCCUAACAAGCCGUCCACGUCAGCGGAGCCUGAGAAACCGUCCACGUCAGCAGAGCUUGGCAUGCCAUCCACGUCAGCAGAGCUUGGCAUGCCAUCCACGUCAGCAGAGCUUGGCAUGUCAUCCACGUCAGCAGAGCUUGGCAUGCCAUCCACGUCAGCAGAGCUUGGCAUGCCAUCCACGUCAGCAGACCCGGUCACUGGUGCCAUGCCGGCAGAGCUGGUUGCUGCGUGCCUGGGAGCCAAUCGCGUGCUCCGAUCGCGGAAAGCAGCACCAGCGGCAGGAGGAGGAGGAGCAGCGGCAGGAGCAGCAGGAGGAGAAGUAGCAGCAGUAGCAGCAGGAGCAGGAGGAGGAGUGAAGGAGCCUGGAGGAGUGAAGUCAGAAGAAGGACAGAAGGCAGGGCGAGACGCAUUGAAGACACCACCACGACGGGGGGUGAAAGCAUCACCACAGGGCCUGACGCGGUCACACGGAGGAGCAAAGGGGAAUCAAGGCCAUUCUAGGUCACCAGCCCAAGUUAGAUCACAAGGGCGUAAAGGGGUGCAAGGUGUGAGAAAGGGGAGAGGGGGAACGGGGGAGAAGAGUGGAUUGGUACAGGAGGAGAAAGCACAGCCGGAGGUGAGUGCUGGAGAACUUGAACAGCAGUUGGGCUUUAAGUAG